AUUAGAGUGUCACACAUCAACUAGCGAUGAUGGUAAAUCUCAAUAAACAUCCGCCAGCGUGCAUGUUAUAAUAACAAAGUAAUCGCCAGUCAUUUCAGAACCUGUUAUCAGGACGAAUCAUGGCCAGUACACAAACUUCACGUAUCCAAGCAUUUAUGACAAGUGAACUCAGUAAACAAGAAUGAAAAAUAAUGUAUACGCACUUGAAAUUCGUAAUUAAAAUUGCCGAGACAGAUAGAUAUGUUCUUUGCAUGCACCACAUACGUAUAUGUAGACAUAUAUUGUGAAACGAGGUGGAAGCAAUAACUACGUAUAAACUUAUAUGCUUGAAAAUUACUAUGUAAACUAAGAAAGCUUGUCAGAUUAUUCAAAUAAUUAACCUUUGAAUAUACAUGCUCAAACAUGCCAUGCCAAAGAAUGAAAUGAUGUACGAAGAACAAUUAAACAAGAACGAAGAAUAAUGAAAUAUUCUUGAGAAUCAUCUGAACGAAAGAAAGAGCGAGAAGAGGUGCCAAAUGCCGAGUAUAUCACUGGGGCAACCUCGAUAUUAACCCUUAAAUCGUCCAAUGCCACAAGUAGUAAAUGUACAAUAUUUUCAUAAGGGAAAACCGAGAUGAGUUCUGGACAUGGCAGAGCUUCUGGUGCUGCAGGGUACAGCCCAGUGUUAUCAAAAGCAGUAGCAGCAGCAGCACUAGCAAGAGCAAAUGAAGAAGAAGAAAGAAAGAGAGAAGCAAGAGCUAAAGAUGAGAGAGAGAGAGAGGCAAUUAAGAGAGCAGAGGAAGAAGAGAUUGAGGCCAAAAAAAAAGCCGCAGCUGCAGCAAGUGAGGCUUUGGAAAGAAAACAAGCAAUCAAAUCAGAGCAAGCAAAAACAGCAGCAAGAUUCGCAGCAGUAGAAAGAUUCAUGCUAUCAAUAGCAGAAAGAGCAACAGAACUUGAAGGAAAUUAUUCAAAUACAUCAGUUCCAUCUCAUGAUAUUGUAGAAGGAAAGGAAAUAAUUAAUGCAAUAGGAAACAAAAAUAUUGUGGGAGAGAAUAAGGCAGAUACUUUCUUUGGCAAACAACUUGAAACUGAAGAGGAAAAGGAAAUAGUAAGACAAAGGGAAGCAAAAGCUAGAUAUCAGAAAGCAAAAGAAGCAGCAAGAAAAGCAGAUGAUGAAAAGCUGAAAACCAAAAAGAGAACAGCAGCUGAAGCAGGUGAAGCACUGGAGAGAUCCGAUGAAAUCAAGUCGGCUAAAGCAAGAGAAGCAGCAAGAUUAGCGGCAGAAAUGCGAGCUGCAAAAAUGCCUCAGGCAUCACAAAAUUGCAGCAUAAAUCUUCCAUUAAGCCCAUCUCAGCCUAAGAUCACAAAGAGGGAGGGAGUCAGUGCCACAGAUGAACAACACUAUUUUAGGGAAAUAGGUAAAGACUGUAACAGUCAUGUAAUAAAUAAGGUAAAUGAAACAUAUAGAAAUUUUAAGCCAAAUUACAGAAGCAUUUCUGAUGAGAAGGAGACUGUUGAUGUAGAUGUUAAACAUACAUUGAUGAAAGGCACUGAGAGGAAAUUGUUGAUGUAGUGAAUGUUAAACAUCCAUUUAUGAAAAACAGUGAAAGAAAGGUUAGCUAUAACAAACAAAACAAAAUCACAAUCCAUGGCUGUAAUGAAGAAGAAAAACCAUUACUUCCUGCAGAGCAAGAAAGCAGACAAGGAAUGACAAAAGACCACAAGCAAGAUUAUGUUCAUCACAGAGGUGCAAGACCAAAUGAAAAAAAUGAAGAACAGCACAAUCAGUCAGCACAGAGUAAUGCUCUGCAAAAUGCUGCAACCACCACUGAAUUUAAACAUAGGUCCAAGCACAGCUCAGAGAAGAGAUUGUAUCAGUGACUGGAGAUGGGCAAUACUCAAGUAACAGAUCAUUUUCAGUGAGAAGUGAAGAUCAAAUGACUCAGUAUAUGGAGGCAAACACUCCCCCAAGAAUGGAAAAAACACAAAUGAAAGAAAGUAAGCAAGAGCAUAGCCUUACACUUCCAACAAAGGGGAAUAGAACCUUUGAAUCUUUCUAUCAGCACCACUCUCCUCACCUGCACCACCGCUAUCAGAAUAGUCAUUCUAUUGGAAGAAGACAGGAGCCUCCCAAUAAAAACCAUCACCAAACACAACAGCAGGAGAAACAGAGAGCUCCAGCAAGUGUUUCCUCAAGGAGGUUAAUAUGCAGUUCCUGCCAUAAGAGAUACAAUUUUAAGGAAAGAAUGCCCAGAGAAUUGUAUUGUAGACAUUCAAUUUGCACAUCAUGCAUAGAGGAGAGAAUCAACCCUGACUUCAGUGUUGUUUGCCCCCAUUGUCCAGUGCAAACAUGGAAUAUCAAGAAGGCUCAGUGGUGUCCAAUCAAUGAGUUCCUAGUUGCAGCACUUGGAGAAGAAUUUGAGAAAGAUGUGCAUGUGGAAGAAAUUGAUAAAAGUGUAGCACAUUCAUCUACUCCCAAUGACAGGAAGCAGUAUUAUCUGCCACCUGGGAAUGGUAGCACAGAGAGAAGUGGCAACAAACAGUCAGUGAGUAAAUUUGAGAAUGCCCCAGCAAGAUCCCCACAUGGCAGUCAGUGUAUUGCAAUGGGCGUGCAUCCUACCCACUAUUGCUCAGCCUGCAUUGCGUGGGUAUGUGCUAAGUGUGCUGAAGCUGAACACGUUACAGGGAAGUGUUCCCUCAGAUCCUUAAAAGAUCAACUCAUAGAAAUGAAGCAGAAUUAUAAUCUGACUGCCAAAAGAACACAAAAUUUGCUCAAGAAAACUGUGGAGAGUUUGGAAAAUGAUUGUAAUGAAGAGGAGAUUUUCCAGUUUUGGAUGAGAGCAACAUUUGAGAGCAUGGGGAAGAAACAGGAAAACAUUAAGAAGUCACUGCAAGUAGGACGGGAACUACUAAACACACUUUCUGAUGUAAUGCAGAUAGAGCCAAAUACUGAAAAUCUUACUGAAUCACUAGCAUCAUUCCAAAUCAUGGAGGACAUAGCAGGUGAAGCCCAUCAGUGGUCGGUUGCUGAAUGCAGUGCUGUGGGUGCUGAUAAGGAAAGGUCUGCUUGCCUCAAGUGUCUAAUGAAGAGGACCCUCAGUUCAUUGCCAAUAAGAAAUGGGACAUCAGACUUGUAUGCUGCAGAUCAGAUUCCUGACACUAAGCUGUUUUCAGAGCUAAGGGCUGAAGGGGGAAGAUUUCAUCUUCAUGCCCUCAGGAAGGGUAGACCCACCAAGCCUGAAGCUCGAGCCUUGCCGUUGCAGUGCUUCAAGUCUUGCCAGGAUGCCACAUCAAGGCUGGUCUUUUUGGAUCUGUCUUGGGGAGGGCAGUGCCAUGGCCGGCUCUACAUCCGCCUCACAGGAGACACACUCCGAGGCAGACAAUUUGUCAGUCUCUGCACUGGUGAAAAAGGUGGUUCAUUCCGAGGGACUCGCUUCCAUAGGGUGUGGUGGAAGGGCCUUCCAGGAGAACAUGUCUGGACAGGAGAUUGUGAGAGCAACGAUGGGAGUGGAGGCAAAACACAUUCUUCCUCCAGCAUUGAAGCACAGAUCCCAGCAGCACGAGAGGUCUCUGUUUCUGCAGGCUUGGUGGCAGGCCGAUAUGAGAAGAACCUGAGCACUAUCUUCCGCAUAUACACCCAAGGGGAGAAGGAUAUGAAAGAUGAGGCUGGGUUUGGUCAGGUGGAAUUUGGGUUGAAUGUAGUGAAGCAAGCUGUUAAUCUGAAGGACAUUAGUGAGGUGGUAAUAAGCGACUGUGGCCUUGUUCUUGAAAUGUAAUGGUGAUGACUGAGACUUUGUGAGAUGUUAUGGUGAUGACUGGCUUUGUGAGAUGUAGUGGUGAUGACUGGCUUUAUAAGAUGCAAUGGUGAUGAGUGAUUGGAGCUAUUUGUGAUGACUAUGUUUUUGUUCUGGAGAUGUACAUAAUUAAGAUGGCUGGCGUAGUGUGAUAGAGUGGCAGUGAUUAUAAUUAUGACUUUGAUUUUGUGGUGCUGUAGACAUAACAGAUUUAUUUCCCAGUCUUUUGUUAUUUUUUCUGAGACCUACAGAAUUUUUGAGAUAUUUGUAGAAUUUAUGUAUAAGAUGGGGAGAGAGAGAGAGAUGAUGAUUUAUUAUGUCAAUUUCUAAAAAGAAUUACAUGAUGAUUUUAGUCACCAGUUUUUCUGUUGCAGAGGUAACUGUCAAUAGCAACAAAGAUGUGAAUAUUGAAGUUGCAAUUAUAAAGCACUUCAAAACAAGAUAAAAUGGUGCCUACUAAACUCUGAACAGGGUGCAUUAUAUGUCCCUUUCAAUGCUAUUAAAAUGCUUCUAUUUUUUUUUUUUUUUUUUUUUUUUUUUUUUUGUAUACAUGUACAUAUUUCUUUUAUCCCUCGUUCAACAUGAUUUAAAAUUAUAAUUUUAUACACAUGUGAAUGGGAUAUUUUAAAGUGUCAUUAUUUUAACUAUUCAACAUUGCACAUUGUGUGAUCCCUCUAACAAUUUUCUGUGUUAUUACUAAACAUGACUUGCUCCUAGUUUUUUUUUUUUUUUUUUUUUUUUUUUUUUUUUUUUCUCUCUCCCAAGUUAUAAGCGUUUUAUUUCUCCUUUUGCAUAUUGACCAGAUUGUCCAAGCUGUGCAAUUGAUCCCUAGAAAGUGAGGGAAAGAGUAGUACUUUCUUCUCUUGCUCUCAUGAGGGACAAUGGUCUAAGAGAAUGUUGUGAAUGUUAAGAGAGAGAGAGCCCUCCCAAGCCCUCGUUGUUUCAGACUUUGCACUGGCACUACCACUCUUAACGGAUUUUGUAAUGCUACAUUUGAAUUUUUUUUUUUUUUUUUUUCAGAUUGAUGUUAAACUAAAAAAUUGUUUCUGCUAGGAGUAGACUUGGAGCCUUGUGAUUUAAUAAUUGAAGUAUUUUGAGGAAGAUGGAAAGUGAAGUGACACUUGUUACAACGGUAAUUUAAGCAUAUAUCAUGUAUUUUUUUGUUUCAUACAUAUGUAUAAUGAUGCACAUUUAUUGGUUUGCAGAUUUUUGUGUAAGAAAUUUUUUUUUGUAUGCUCUAGGUUAAAUUGAUACACUUUUCGGUACUUUUAAUAUUUUAUGGGAAUUAAUACUUCUUAAAGGA